CUCUGGGGAGGUAUGUUAAGUGCUCUGCCAGCCUGCCUGUAUGCCUGGCCUGUUUUUUCUCACUGCCAGUACCUCUUGGAUUCCAAUUCCAAACAUGGUAUCCGUCUGGGGUCACCCUUUCUUCCGGUGCCAAGAGAGACGCAUUCCAAAUGGAGCACAAAUGUGCCUCCCGUGCUGGGCGCUCUUCAUUCUGUUUGGGAACAACAGGGAGCAGGAUGUGGCUGCUUUAUUAUCCCUCACUGCUGAAGCUUUCAGCCCCAUAGCCCUAUCUCUUUCUCAGGAAGAUUUAGGUUUCCUGCCAAUGCCAAGAGUCCAAUGUGAAGACUGUUCUAAGAAACCUGGAGCUGAGGACACUCACCAGAGCUUUGCCAGGAGGGCCAGAGCCUUGCUGAGGGAAAGAGAAAGAAAAGUUUUCAGUUCUCCAUGAAGUAUAUGAUGUUUUGCUAUUCAUUCCCAAAGCUGCUGGAAGCAUUCCUCCCAAGAAAGGUGGAGUUGGCAGGGAGAAGCCAGAGGUGAGACGACAGUUGGGAGGACAGAUUGACCCAUUUCCUGAAUUUCCCAUGUGGGGACAGUCUUAGAGCCUGACAGGCUUUGAGACCCGAAGAUGAGCAGCAACCGCAGCAUGGAGGGUCAGCUCCUCUGGCACGGGCCACUGUGCAUCGCCUGGAGGCAGGACCUGGAAGGGGCUAUCUUCCACCUGGCCAACUGCUUCCUACUCCUGGGCUUCAUGGGCGGCAGCGGGGUGUAUGGGUGCUUCUACCUUUUUGGCUUCCUGGGCACAGGCUACCUGUGCUGUGUGCUAUGGGGCUGGUUCGGUGCCUGCGGCCUGGACAUUGUUCUCUGGAGCGUCCUGCUGGCCAUGGCCUGCGUGGUCCAGCUGGCACACCUGGUGUACCGCCUGCGUGAGGACACCCUCCCCGAGGAGCUGGAGCUGCUCUACAAGACGCUGUGCCUGCCCCUGCAGGUGCCCCUGCCAGCGUACAAGGAGAUCGUGCACUGCUGCGAGGAGCAGGUCUUGACUCUGGCCACGGAGCAGACCUAUGCCGUGGAGGGCGAGACGCCCAUUGACCGCCUGUCCCUGCUGCUCUCUGGCCGGGUCCGUGUGAGCCAGGACGGGCAGUUUCUGCACUACAUCUUUCCUUACCAGUUCAUGGACUCUCCCGAGUGGGAAUCGCUGCAUCCCUCUGAGGAGGGGGUGUUUCAGGUCACUCUGACAGCUGAGACUGAAUGUAGCUACAUUUCCUGGCCCCGGAAAAAUCUCCACCUCCUUCUGACCAAAGAGCGAUACAUCUCUCGCCUCUUCUCGGUCCUGCUGGGCUAUGACAUCUCAGAGAAGCUCUACGCUCUCAAUGACAAGCUCUUUGCUAAGUUCGGACUACGCUUUGACAUCCGUCUCCCCAGCCUCUACCACGUCCUGGGUUCUGCUGCCCCGGAUGCAGGACCAGAGUCUGAGAAGGAUGACAAGGAAGCCUGUGAGCCAGCGGCAUCCCCUCCUCAGGCCCUGGACACGUCUGUCCAGCAAACACCCUCUAGCUCCCCACCUCCACUGGUCACCAGCUCUCCUGCACCUCCUCCCUGGGUCAGAAUGUCCAGGCCCGACAGCGGCGUCCUGGGUGAGGACUCCACCAGUCUGGUUCUGGAGGAUUUUGAGGAGGUGUCGGGAUCAGAAUCAUUCAUGGAUUAUAAGAGUGAUGGGGAGUACAUGAGGUGAGGGGAGAACUAACAUGGGCACAGCCACCCGGCUUGGGAUCCUGUCUUCCAGAACUCCUCUCCGGAGCUACUCUGAAGUUAUGUCCAGGGGACAGGCGCCCUUGGCUCCAACCCAGACUCCUGAACUGUAAGGGUCAAUGGACCAUCCUUUACUCUGGCCACGUUAAUCCUCACAGGAUGGUCACUCGUGUGCACACCCCUCUCCUCACCCACUGGAAGGCCCACAGGCAAGGCUGGAGCAGACACAGGAUGCCAGCACUGCAACCACGCCAAGGCGCCUGGGUGACUUUUAGAAAUUUACCUUCAUCAGCCUUCCUUCCAAGAGAAGUCAUCAAAAAAUGCCAAAGCACAGAUUCUAUCCUUUACUAACUGCAGAAUUUCAGGCAAGUCACAUAGCCUCUCUGAGCAUCAUCUGUAAAGGGGUGAUUAUAAAACCCACUUCACAGGGUUGUAAGGAUUCCAUGAGUAGAUUUCAAUAAAUCACCUAGGACAUGCUGUGGCACCUAGUAGGCACUCAAUAAAUCACUCAUUUCCUUUCCUUAUGUUGUUUCCUUAACUUUCUGAAAGGAUCAAUGAAGUUAGCUAUCCAAGCAGUUUUCAGUGUUUUUGUCUUGUUUUAUUGAAAAUAUUUUUCUCAGUUAAGGUUCAACUUAGGUAAGUAGAAAUUUUAGAAUCUAGUUUGCCCUUAAUCUUUUACAUUCAACUUACAAGUCUUUCCCUUUAUUUAUGACCCUAAUAUUAAACAGUAGUUUUUAGAAGUAGUUUUACAAAUCUCUUUUAUUAAAUUUCCUUAAACAUUUUAAAGUAGACUUACAAAUUUAACAUAUUCUGUUUUAUUUUUUCCCCUAAAUGCUUAGACGUCUAUUCUGGUUACCUAUUGCUGUGCAACAUUCAUCCCUAAAAGCAGUGAGUUAAAAUCGCAAUGAUAAUUUGUUUUGCUCACAAAAGUGGGGCUUGCUUGGGCUCAACUGGGCUGUCCCCACUCAGAGUUUCUUGUGCUGUUACAUCAAGACAGUGGCUACAGCCAGGAUCACCUCAAAGGCUUCUUGACCCAUGUGUCCGGGGCCCAGGCUGGGAAGACUCAAACAGUUGAGGGCUGGGACAGCUGGGGAUCCUCGGGCAAUCCUUGCUCUUUCAAAAUUUUGUUUAUUUUGUUGCUGUAUAAUACUCUGUUGUAGGGCUUUCCUGAUAGCUCAGUUGGUAAAGAAUCUGCCUACAAUGCAGGAGACCCUGGUUCCAUUCCUGGGUUG